AUGUCCCCUCCGCAACCCGUCUACAUCCUCUCCGCUACCCGCACCCCCGUAGGCUGUUUCCUCGGCACCCUCUACCCCGCCACCGCCAUCCAACUCGGCGCCCACGCCAUCAAAUCCGCCGUCCAACGCGCGGCAAUCUCCCCAUCCGAAGUCCAAGAAGUCUACUUCGGCAACGUCCUCUCGGCCAACCUCGGCCAGAACCCAGCCCGGCAAUGCACCAUCCACGCCGGUCUGCCUGAGAGCUGCGUGGCCACCACCAUAAACAAAGUCUGUGCGAGUAGUAUCAAAGCGAUUGCUUUAGGGGCGCAGACGAUAUUAUGCGGGAAUGCCGAGGUGGUGGUGGCGGGCGGGACGGAGAGUAUGAGUAAUACCCCCCACUACCUCCCCGUCCUACGACAAGGAGCAAAAUUCGGCGAUCAGAGUCUCGUAGAUGGAGUGAGGAAAGACGGCUUGACGGACGCGUAUAAAGACGAGCAUAUGGGUUUCCAGGGCGAGGAAUGUGCAAGCGACCACGGUUUCGGCCGAGAAGAGAGCGACGAGUAUUGUAUCAGGAGCUACAAAAAAGCCCAAAAAGCACAAGAAAGCGGCUGGUUCACCGCGGAAAUCACCCCCUUCACCAUCCCCGGCGUGCGAGGCAAACCCGACACCGUCAUCGACAAAGACGAAGAACCGAAAAACUUCAACGAAUCCAAGACCAAAACCCUGAAACCCUCCUUUAAAAAAGACGGUGGUACAGUCACAGCCGCCAACGCCUCGCCUCUCUCCGACGGCGCCGCCGCCCUCGUUUUAGCGAGCGAAGCCUACGUCCAAAAACACAACCUAAAACCCAUAGCCAAAAUCCUCGGCUGGGCCGACGCCGCGCAGAAUCCCUCGAAAUUCACCACCGCGCCCGCCCUCGCUAUGCCCAAAGCACUCGCCCACGCCGGGCUCAAGCAAUCCGACGUCGACGCCUUUGAAAUCAACGAGGCCUUCUCCGUCGUCGCACUCGCAAACAUGAAAUUGAUGGGGUUGAAGGAGGACAAGGUGAAUCUUCAUGGUGGGGCGGUGGCGCUGGGGCAUCCGCUUGGUGCGUCGGGUGCGAGGAUCGUGACGACGUUGCUUGGGGUGCUGCAAGAGCAGAAGGGCAAGGUUGGGUGUGCGGGGAUCUGUAAUGGGGGUGGGGGGGCUAGUGCGAUUGUCAUUGAGAGGGUUGGGGAGGGGUUUGGCGCGGGUGCGACUGCUAAUGGUGCCAGGCGGGUGUCGGGAUAG